GGGCCUUUUUUCUCGGGCGGUCUUGGCCACAGGUGGGAAGGAACCCGUACUAAUAAUGGCGGUGCUGUAUCGCUGACCUUUAAGCGCGCAGGCGCGGAGCUGGCGUUCGGUGGCUGUCGCGGGGCCUCAUGGGAAGAUGUCGGCGCUCAGGUCGCUGUGGAGAUUGCGGGCACCUUCAGGGUCAUGGAUACAGGGAAUUGCGCUGGGGGCAGCGCCCCGCAGGGGAAAGCAGUGGCAGCCCGACGUGGACUAUGUCAAGCAAUAUGGAGGUGCUGUCAUGUACCCCACCAAAGAAACAGAGAAAUGGGUUCCUCCUCCAUGGAAUGAUAAGGACCCGUUCAUGGAGAAGAAAGUCUCCAACCUGACCAUCAACUUUGGGCCCCAGCACCCGGCGGCUCACGGGGUCUUGCGUUUGGUGAUGGAGCUGAGCGGGGAGACCGUGAAGAGGUGCGACCCUCACAUUGGCUUGCUCCACCGGGCCACGGAGAAGCUGAUCGAGUACAAGACCUACCUGCAGGCUCUGCCCUACUUUGACCGGCUGGACUAUGUCUCCAUGAUGUGCAACGAGCAGGCCUAUUCCUUAGCGGUGGAGAAACUGCUCAAUAUCCGUCCGCCUCUAAGGGCUCAGUGGAUCCGAGUCCUCUUCAGUGAAAUCACGCGGCUCCUGAACCACAUCAUGGCCAUCACCACCCACGCCCUGGACAUUGGGGCCAUGACGCCCUUCUUCUGGAUGUUUGAGGAGCGGGAAAAGAUGUUUGAAUUCUACGAGCGAGUCUCUGGGGCCCGCAUGCAUGCCGCUUACAUCCGUCCAGGGGGCGUCCAUCAGGACAUGCCGCUGGGGCUGAUGGAUGACAUAUAUGAGUUUGUGAAGAAUUUCUCCUGCCGGAUAGACGAGGUGGAAGAGAUGCUCACCAACAACCGAAUCUGGAAGAACCGCACAGUUGAUAUCGGAGUGGUAACAGUGGAGGACGCGCUCAAUUACGGUUUUAGUGGAGUGAUGCUUCGCGGCUCGGGCAUCCAGUGGGAUCUCCGCAAGACUCAGCCUUACGACGUCUAUGACCAGGUGGAAUUCGACGUCCCGAUCGGGUCCAGGGGCGACUGCUAUGACAGGUACCUGUGCCGAGUGGAAGAGAUGCGCCAGUCCCUCCGCAUCAUUCUGCAGGCUCUCAACAAGAUGCCUGAGGGGGAGAUCAAGGUGGAUGAUGCAAAGAUCGCUCCCCCAAAAAGAGCGGAGAUGAAGACUUCCAUGGAGGCCUUGAUCCACCACUUCAAGCUGUACACAGAGGGCUACCAGGUCCCUCCCGGGGCUACAUACACAGCCAUUGAAGCUCCCAAGGGAGAGUUCGGUGUGUACCUGGUCUCGGAUGGCAGCAGCCGGCCCUACCGCUGUAAGAUUAAGGCUCCUGGUUUUGCCCAUCUGGCUGGCUUGGACAUGAUGUCCAGAGGCCACAUGCUUGCUGACGUGGUCGCCAUCAUUGGCACCCAGGACAUUGUCUUUGGCGAAGUGGAUAGAUAAGUAUUGCCCCACCCGGGUCGCGUGUCGAACCGAAGCCGAGCCUUGCACCCAGGGCCUCGGGUGCCUGCACACACCACGGGAGUCCACCCUCCAUCCUUUUUCACCUGUGUCUCUGCAUGCAGUCGUGUGCGGCCCUCCUCGUGCUGCUGGCAGAGCUUCGCGAAAACAAUUAAAAAUCUCGUGUCAUCCUCAUUUACUUAUUCGCAGACUGAUAUGCCGCUUUCUCUCGAACAAGAUUCCCAAGCAGUAAGAAAGAAAAAAGACACCCAAUAGCAGAAUUAAAAUAUUUAAAGCUCAGUUAAAUCAAUAAAAUGGGGGCUGGACAGUCAGUCAAAUGUCCUUCAGCCGGCACCUGAAAGAACGCUACAGCGGAGCCCACCUGACACAGUUCAGCACAGGGGAAGGCAACACACUGAAGGCCGUGCUCUGAACAGGGUCUAAACGGACCUCAGGUCCGUGCAGAGCCCCCAGGAGUGCCUCAUUGGAUUACUGCAGCGACCAGCCCUGCUGGGAAGGGAGAAAGGGGCUCUGAUAUCCAGGCGGUUUAGGGAUUCAGAUCCCAAAACCUGGCUUGGGAGCAAGUGGCUAAUGCAAGAGUGAUGGUGUGAAGAAUCUGCCACCGGAUCUGGCGGGUUUCUCCUCCCCGCCUCACCCGACCUCCCUUGGCUUCCUCUUUGCAUCAGGUGUCACUUCUGGAGUACCUUCCCCUCUCAGCACUGGGCAGCUUUUCAGCUCUUCCUUCCCUCUCAUGGUGAAUCAGCUGUUGGCAACAGCUUCCCCUCUUGUGGCGGUUUGUUUGUGUGGGUUUUUGGGGAGCACCUCACUUCCUUACCCCUGUUGGGUGCCUAAAAGCUUCAGCACGCCUCUUACCUUAAGCUCGGCCUCCGCUUGCUCGGCACCCUCCAGAGGCCCCAAUUCCUGGCAUUUUGACUCUGCUGGAUGGAGCUGAUGGGCCCGGGAGUCCCAAGCAUCCAGAGAGGACCAGACUGGAGAUGGGUGUUGUAGGCAGUAUGUUCUGAAACUGAGCCAGGAAGCCACACAGUCUCCUCAAAGGGCUUUCUCAGCAUCUUGCAGUCUCACUGUGUGGAGAGGCCCGGCACAUGGAGCAUGUGAUUGGCAGGCACUGGGUCUCAGGUUUCAUCCACGAUGCUUGCCAACUCCAGGGCAAAUAAAUACUGGUCUUUCUAUUAGAAGCUUUGGCAAAACCAAAACUGUAAAAAAAAAAAAGAGAGAGAGAGGAAAGAAUAGAAUAUAAAAUGGCAAUUAACCUUAUGCUUCAACCAAGCUGGAUCAAAUAUCCACAGGUAUAUAUAUCUGCAUUAAAGAGCGGCCUUAAUAUGCCACGCAUUCAAAUGCUGAAAGCGUCAUUAAACGUCUCAGUCUCUACUGCAUUACUGGAUGUGAGCGUUUAUCCUUCUGCUGUUGUAAUACUUAUCUUGCGUCUGUCAAAAGUGAGUAGAAAGUCUGUUUGUUGAAUGUAUCAAUUUAAGGAAGUAGAUUAUUUAAAAGAACAUGUGCAUCAGAGCUUAAAUAGUGCUUCCAUGAUGAGUUUAUUCAUAUUAUAACAUGUUUCCAACUGAGACUAAGUUAGGGUGAGUAUUGGUUUGGGUGCUUUUACAGUGGCUGGGAAUGAGGGGAGCUGCAGUUCAUCUCUUGGUGUACAGAGAACACCAAGUUGGGGAAUUCUGUUAUAUUUUAAAUUAAGGGGGGGAACCUUCAAAAUUUCAAUAAAUGCAUUUUUCUGUGAAAUAUACAGCUAAAACAACUAUGCAAAAA